AUGGCCCUGGGGCCCCCUCCCCCUGAGCAGCAGGGUCCCCCUCCCCCUGGAGAAGCAGGGUCCCCCUCCCCCUGGAGAAGCAGGGUCCCCCUCCCCCUGGAGCAGCGGGGUCCCCUCUCCCUGGAGCAGCGGGGCCCCCUCCCCCUGAGCAGCAGGGUCCCCCUCCCCCUGGAGAAGCAGGGUCCCCCUCCCCCGGAGCAGCAGGGUCCCCUCCCCCUGGAGAAGCAGGCAGGGUCCCCCUCCCCCUGGAGCAGCGGGGUCCCCUCCCCCUGGAGCAGCGGGGUCGCCCUCCCCCUGAGCAGCAGGGUCCCCCCCCCCGAGAAGCAGGGUCCCCCUCCCCCUGGAGAAGCGGGGUCCCCUCCCCCUGGGCAGCAAGGUCCAUCCCCCCUGGAGAAGCAGGGUCCCCUCCCCCUGGAGCAGCGGGGCCCCCUCCCCCUGAAGCAGCAGGGUCCACCCGCCCUGGAGCAGCAGGGUCCCCCUCCCCCUGGAGAAGCGGGGUCCCCUCCCCCUGGGCAGCUCCAGGCCGGCCUCACUUUCCCGCUGCUCUCAGAGCCGGGGCAGCCCUGGUCUGGUCCGGGGCCCCAGGUGGACAGCGCGGACUCAGGAGCUGAAGCCUCAUGGGAUCCCAGCAGCCACGGCUAUGGGCGGAGACCUCUGGCCAUGGCAUCCAGCCUGCGCCCCGGGGCCAGGACCCCUUGCAGCCUCCAGAGAGCCCUGCCCUCCGCCAGAUGGACCAUGCACCUCCUGCACCGAGGAGCCAGCCAGCCCAGUCUCCCCCUCCUCUGCUGGGACCCUUACCAUGUGGGUGUCCCCGAGGGCGCCCCCCAUGGCCAUGCCCUGCUGGGCUGGAACCGAGGCUGCAGCGGCGGCUACGAGGUGGCCCUGCCCAGACUCAUCAACCCCCCACGCAGAGCAGCAGGCCGACGGACGGUGCAGCUGAGCGCCAAGACCUGGGACCUGGAGCAGAUGGCCUCCCCAGAAGACAGACCGUCGGGCCAAAGGCGGAGGACUCACCCCUGUGAUGGGGCCCACGCCCACCCCAGGCCCAGCGGAGAACGCGCCCCUGCGAUGGAGACCACGCCCAUCCCAGCCCAGCGGAGGACUCACGCCUGUGACGGACACCACGGCCACCCCAGGCCCAGCGGAGAACGCACCCCUGCGAUUGGACACCACGCCCACCCCAGGCCCAGCGGAGGACUCACCCCUGUGACGGAGACCACGCCCAUCCCAGCCCAGUGGAGGACUCACCCCUGCGAUGGACACCACGCCCACCCCAGGCCCAGCGGAGGACUCACCCCUGUGACGGAGACCACGCCCAUCCCAGCCCAGCGGAGGACUCACGCCUGUGACGGACACCACGGCCACCCCAGGCCCAGCGGAGAACGCACCCCUGCGAUUGGACACCACGCCCACCCCAGGCCCAGCGGAGGACUCACCCCUGUGACGGAGACCACGCCCAUCCCAGCCCAGUGGAGGACUCACCCCUGCGAUGGACACCACGCCCACCCCAGGCCCAGCGGAGGACUCACCCCUGUGACGGAGACCACGCCCAUCCCAGCCCGGCAGAGGACUCACCCCUGCGAUGGACACCACGCCCACCCCAGGCCCAGCGGAGGACUCACGCCUGUGACGGACACCACGGCCACCCCAGGCCCAGCGGAGAACGCACCCCUGCGAUUGGACACCACACCCACCCCAGGCCCAGCGGAGGACUCACCCCUGUGA